UGCGAGUUUUCGAACGCGCUCCACCACUGUAUAGGUAGCGCAUGCGUGAUACGCGAGUAAUGGUUACUGGUGACACAAAUAAACAAAGUAUUAACAUUACAAUGGCCACAAUGAUGUACCCUACACUAACAAAGUCGCAAAGUAUGCGUUCUAAACGUAAAUCGGCUGUGGAAUUAUUAGCUGAAAGUAAACCGUUUUAUGUCAAAUCUGAAAUAGUUAGAGACUCAACACAAGUGCUUCCUGCUAGACCAGUUUCAAAUUUUGGAUCCUAUGGUACAUAUCAACGAAGCAAAUCUAUAAAUGUUGCAGGACAUGGAACCAAUUAUAGGCCAACUACUUUUUCACAAUACAUGGCUGUUUCUCCAUCACGAUCUCUUCCACCAUUAACGCAUCGACGUUCUGUUCAUUCAUCUAUUGGUACACCUGAAUGUAGCACCGGAGACAUUUUACAAAAUCGCCUUCGACAGUUGUUAGUUUGCGAUAGUGCUGAAGAACUAAGUGUUGAUCAAAUGGCACCUUUAAGCCCGCCAGCCGAAUAUGCUGGCAAUCGUUGUCAUAAAAGCUUGCCAGAUCUGCAUUGCCGCGGCAUCGAACCUAGCUCAAAUAAGAGCAGCAAUAAAAGUCUCUCGAAUAGAGAUAGUGGGGGUUCAAGUGGGCACUAUACACAACGAAGCGAACCAGCUCCACCACCUAGACAGCAGGAAAGUAGGCGCGAUAGUGGUUCCAGCACGCAACAUAGCGGUGGAAGUUCUUAUUACUGUUGUCAAGAACCCGAAUGUAGAACUAGAAGCGGGGGUUCCACUGCUUAUCCUCCUCCUCCCACAAGUACCUUUAAAAGACAAAAAUGUUUAAGAUAUAAACGUGAUAGACCUAUUUUAAGGUCAAAAUCAGAUAUCAGUGAAAGAUAUUGGCGCAAUUCUGAACCAGCAACAAGUCAUCUAGAACAAUUUUUUGAACAAUUGGGUCUAACAAGCGAUAGUUACGAAGAAAUGCUGAGUUGCAGUCGUUCAUCUGGCAGUCCUGUGUUUUUUUCAGACGUGUCAACAGUGGACAGUAGUCGGCCGCGCGAUAAUGUAGAGCACUGCCUGCCUCAGACAUUCAGGCCAACAGAGCCCCCUUCUAUCGUGGAACGAAACGCGCGCAUAAUUAAAUGGCUUUGUAAUUGCCGUAAGUCGCAACUAACGUGAACGAUAGUUUUUUUAGGCACAAAAGCUGUUUAAUUUGUUUAAAAAUCGUUUUUCUAUGAGUUUAAAAAUCAUCUUGUGAUUCCAUGGCACUCACUAGUACUGUGUUAUUUUAUCUUAAAACAUUUUUUGUUAACAUACAUGUAUAUGAAAUAUAAUUAAAUCAUUUAUU